AAUUUAAAUUAAAACUAACAGACAACAUCUCAUAACUUCUAAGCUCCCUUCGUUUCCUUCUAAACUGUAAAUUCAUUAGAUACACUACAAUUGUGAAACGAUGUCGUCUUUAGCUUCUCUAAUCCGCAGAAGAAGCAAGCCAAUAACUCUUCGGCUGAGAGGAUUCUCGUCGAGUGCGCCCAAUUCGAUCGACCGAACUAGUGGAAGAAUUGACAAGUUAUUAAUCGCGAAUAGAGGCGAAAUCGCCUGCAGGAUAAUGCGUACCGCCAAGCGAUUGGGGAUUCGAACUGUCGCUGUUUACAGCGACGCCGACGAGCGGAGCUUGCACGUCAAAUUGGCUGACGAAGCCGUUCGCAUUGGACCGCCCCCGGCUCGCCUCAGCUACUUGAGCGCUGCCUCGAUCAUCCAAGCCGCUUCCAGAACUGGCGCGCAGGCUAUCCACCCUGGUUAUGGUUUCUUAUCAGAAAGCGCCGAGUUUGCUCAACUCUGUGAAGACGAGGGACUAACAUUUGUUGGACCUCCUGCAUCUGCAAUUCGUGACAUGGGUGAUAAAAGUGCUUCAAAGAGAAUAAUGGGUGCUGCUGGAGUACCUCUUGUGCCUGGGUAUCAUGGCUAUGAACAAGAUAUUGAUUUGAUGAAGUUAGAAGCAGACAAGAUUGGAUAUCCUAUAUUGAUAAAGCCAACUCAUGGAGGUGGAGGAAAGGGCAUGAGGAUUGUACAUAGUCCUGAAGAUUUUGUUGAUUCAUUUAUUGGCGCACAAAGAGAAGCUGCAGCAUCUUUUGGAAUAAACACAAUCCUGCUAGAGAAAUAUAUUACGAAACCAAGGCAUAUAGAAGUACAGAUAUUCGGGGAUAAACAUGGCAAUAUCGUGCAUCUAAAUGAGAGAGAUUGCAGUGUACAGAGGAGACACCAAAAGAUUAUUGAAGAAGCUCCUGCUCCAAACAUCAGUGGUGAUUUUCGGUCACACUUGGGACAAGCAGCUGUGUCCGCAGCUAAGGCAGUGAAUUAUCACAGUGCUGGUACUGUUGAAUUUAUAGUUGAUACUCUGUCUGGAGAAUUUUAUUUUAUGGAGAUGAACACCCGUCUGCAGGUUGAGCAUCCGGUUACUGAGAUGAUUGUUGGUCAAGAUCUCGUGGAGUGGCAAAUACGUGUUGCUAAUGGAGAACCUCUUCCAGUUAGUCAGUCACAGGUGCCCUUGUUAGGCCAUGCUUUUGAAGCCCGGAUAUAUGCUGAGAAUGUUUUAAAAGGAUUUCUACCAGCAACUGGAAUUCUUCAUCAUUAUCUUCCUGUUCAAGCUUCGUCAGAAGUUAGGGUGGAGACUGGAGUUGAGCAAGGAGACACCGUCAGUAUGCAUUACGAUCCCAUGAUAGCUAAACUUGUAGUGUGGGGAGAAGAUCGAACAGGUGCAUUGAUGAAAUUGAGGGACAGCCUUUCGAAGUUUCAGGUUGCAGGUCUGCCAACCAAUAUUGAUUUUCUCUCAAAGCUUGCAAAUCAUGGAGCUUUUGAAAAGGGAGAAGUUGAAACCCAUUUCAUUGAGCUGCAUAAAGAUGAUCUGUUUGUUGAUCCCGAUGAUGAGUUAUCAACUCAGCUAGUGUGCAAUUCUGCUGCACAUGGUGCAGCCAUUGCCGCUGCUUGUCUUUGUGAAAAAGAGCAUGAAAGUUUCCCUGGUAGCCUUUCUGUAUGGUAUGCUAAUCCUCCUUUCCGAGUUAAUCACUUUGCUAAACGCACAAUGGAGCUUGAAUGGGAAGAUGAAUCGAGCAAGGGUGGCCCAAAACUAGUACCUGUACAUGUCACAUACAUGCCGAAAGGGAAAUAUCUAAUUGAGACAGAAGGAAGCAGUUUUCCUGAUCUUGAGUUGAAUGUAGUGCACUUGGGCAACCAAGAUUUUCGAGUUGAACAUGAUGGUGUAAGCAUGAAGGCCAGCAUAGCUGUUUACCAGAAGGAUCAGAUGGAGCACAUCCACAUCUGGCAUGGGUCGUGCCAUCAUCAUUUCAAACGGAGAAACAGACUUAACCUCGUUGACAUUGAUGAAUCCAAUCAACACAGACCUACGACUGAGGCGUCUUCACACCCUCCUGGUUCUGUAGCGGCUCCUAUGGCUGGUUUAGUAGUUAAAGUUUUGGUGAAGGAUGGGGAGAAAGUUUCGGAAGGGCAGCCGAUAUUGGUCCUAGAAGCAAUGAAAAUGGAGCAUGUUGUGAAGGCAACAAGUGCUGGUUACAUCAGUGGGCUUCGAGUUUCUGCUGGCCAACAAGUUUCUGAUGGCACUCUGUUAUUCAGUAUGAAGGUGAGUCAUGUCUAUCAUAAAAUUUAUACUCAAUAAAUAUUUUUAAUCCGGAAAUAAUAUGCAUGUAUUCACAUGUUGCUGAAGUCAUGCAUUAUAAGUUCUCAUGUCAUAUUUAAAAAUAAACUCACUUAUUGUUACUAUUACAAAAGAGCUUAUUCUUACAAAAUCAAUGUUGUCUUGUCUACUACUCCAUAUCCUUAUUAAUUGCGUCUGAUGGAGUACUUGAUAUAUACCAUAGGUAUUAAUUUAGUACAAGUCACAAGCAUAUAAAGAGUUCUUUUAUAUGAUAUGGAGUAUCAUUUAAAAUGAAUAGUAUAAUAAUAUGAAUAGUUCAAUAAAUAAGGGGCAAAUAGUUUAUGAACAAGUAUUACAUGGAAAAUAUGAAUGUCCUUUUAAAAAAAAUGUUUGUAGUAUUUUUUGUAAGCAUGUAAACAAGAAUUCAAAUAAGGUGUUCUUGUUCCUACUUCAUCUAAUAAGGAAAAGUUUAGUUUAGAAAAUUAUGUUAAAUCGAUUUGUUUUAUAUGACCUGUAAAAGAUGAUUGAAUGGUCAUUAAUUCAACAAGCCAAGUUUCUUUAUUUGAGCAUCCUAAUUGAGUUGGCCACUUAUUAAAAUGGAAAAUCAUACUACAUAACAAACACCUUUACAAAACUCAUUAGUUACUCUAAAUGGCAUUGACCACACAAAAUUAUCUUUUUUUUCACUUAAAAAAUAAUAUCUUCAUUUCUCUCACCUAUUUUUUCACAAAUUUAUCCUAAAUAAAAGUUACUUUUUAGUAUUUUUAUUUUAUUAUAAAUUAUUCAUUUUUUAAUAUCCGUGUUCUGGCCCUUCUGUUUUAUUGAAUUGGGAUUGAUUGAGGGAAUACUAACUUACUUUAUUUACCAAACUUGUACGUAGUUUUUUGGUUAUACUUAUGUGGUGAUGGUCAUAAUGCAAAGUGCAUUUUUUGUGGAACAGGAUAAGUGAAACUGGUGGAGAGGUGUGAUCCAUGUAACAGAAUCCAAAUUAACACGUUUAUAAUUUAUAAUGUAUCAUGUUCAUGCAUGUAUCCCCUCCAUCUCAAACAAAUGUAAUAAAACUGUGAGACUAUGAAAAAAAUCAUCAUUACCAUCAAAGAACUAUUUUUCUGUGUGUCCCUACAGAAAACAAA